UUUCAACAAAAAUACCUAUUUCCUCAAACGUUAUUAUAUUUAUGCUAAUUACAUUCUUUAUGACAUCACCGAUUGCGUUCUCAUCAUUGUCCGGAGUCGCUUCGAAUUCUCGGUGAUUCUAUUCGGUGUGUUGAAGGAGUUUAAGAGUUCUAUAUCAGUUGUAUUUGAGAAAGUGAGAUCACCGCGUUCGGAGUUAGUCAGAGUGUUCCUUUUCCUUGUAGCGAAAUACUUUCGUCUUGUUUGGGUGUGAAUAGUUGUUUAAGUUUUUAAUUAUGUCUAAGUCGAAAGUUAACAAAGAAUUCGUUAAGAAGCCAGCAGAAUUUUUUCAAAAUUCGACGACAAAUUUUUUGGAGAAUGAAAGAAGUUUUGUAUUAAUUGAGAGAGGUUGUGUAAAUAAAGAUAAUGAAGGUGUUAAAAUUAAAGAAAAGGAACUUGGGGAAGUUAAGAAAGAAUCGGAAUUUUCCAAAAAAAGUUUAAAUAAUUUUUUAGAAAACGAAAGAUAUUAUGAAUCAAAGAAUUUAGAUGAAAACCACCAAAAACCAAUUUCCCAAUCGCAAGAACGAUACGUUUUUUCAUCAGGAAGUUUACAAAGAUAUGUAACAACAUGCUAUUUUCAACCGAAACAAAUUCCUGUUUCUUAUUCGGAAACCAUGAUUUUAAAAAUUGGAUCUUCAAAAAAGAAGUUUUUUGAAUCUGUUUAUUGCAAGAAUACUUUGCUUCCAAGUAAAUGGUCUGAAUCGAUGCAUACAACAAUUAAACGAGAGACUGAACCAAAAACACUCCAAACAUCAGAAAUUUAUAUUCCCAUCGAAAAAUCAACAUUUAAUUAUGUUUCGUUGGAACCUCAACAAAUCAUAGCUCAAGAAGUUGCUCAAGAAAUAACGGCUGUUUAAAUUAACAACGUUAUAAUUAUGACUUGAUAUAUUAUUUAUCAUUAAGGUCUAAGUUAACCAAUUAAUUAAUCUUUAAGCUAAUAGAAAAAGGGUUAAUUUAUAAAAAUUGACAGAUUAAUUUAAUAUGUUAGCGACAUCUACAUUUAAGUGAUUGAACUAUAUACUUAAACUGUAAAUUUUUUUAAAAUUAAUAUUUUUAUAAAGUACUCAAAAAUUAAACAUUCCAAAUCAAUAAAUUA